AUGUUGUACUUUAUUGGAUUAGGUCUUUCUUACGAAACAGAUAUCACCGUCAGAGGCUUGAAUGCCAUCAAGCAAUGUUCGAGAGUGUACUUGGAGCACUACACUUCCAUAUUGAUGACAGCUUCUCUAGAAGAACUAGAGGAAUUUUAUGGCAAGAAAGUUACACUAGCUGACAGGGAACUUGUCGAAUCGGGAGCUGAAGAACUUCUCCGUGAUGCCGAUAAAGAAGAUGUUGCGUUUUUGGUUGUCGGUGACGUUUUUGGAGCCACCACUCAUACUGACUUGGUGUUGCGUGCCAAGCAAAGGAAUAUUCCAGUAGAAGUCAUCCAUAACGCGUCUGUUAUGAAUGCAGUAGGAUCAUGUGGGUUGCAACUAUACAAUUUUGGUCAAACGAUCUCUAUGGUCUUUUUCACCGAUAGUUGGAGACCAGAUUCCUGGUACGACAAGAUAUGGGAAAACCGGAAAAUCGGGUUGCACACCUUGGUUCUUCUAGAUAUCAAAGUGAAGGAACAGAGUAUAGAGAAUAUGGCUCGUGGAAGACUCAUUUAUGAGCCUCCAAGAUACAUGAGUAUUGCACAAUGUUGUGAACAACUAUUGGAAAUUGAAGAAACAAGAGGCACUGAGGCAUAUACUCCUGAUACUCCCUGUGUAGCAAUCUCAAGACUAGGUUCUGCAAGCCAAACCUUCAAAGCAGGUACCAUCAAAGAGCUAGCCGAAUAUGAUUCUGGUGAACCAUUGCAUUCUUUAGUUAUACUCGGUAGGCAAACCCAUGAAUUGGAAAUCGAGUAUUUGCUCGAAUUCUGUGACGAUAGAGAAAAAUUCAAGCAAGAUGUCGCCAGUGAUCAAGAAUAUUUCAAACCACCAGCAUGGGUUCCACCUCCAGAAGAUGAAGAUUAG